GCGCGCUGGGCUGGGGCUGGAGCCGUAACUCGGAAGCCGGAGCCCGGACGGGCCUGGGGCGGGGGGGUGGGGGGCUGCGCGGGGGCGGGCGUGGUGGAGGUGGCCGCCCCUGGCGGCAGGUUUGUUUAUCCCGGGGAAGAAGUUUAGGAGCCGGAGACAGGGAAGGAGGGCGGCCGGGGAGGAGGGAUGCGGUUCGGCGGAGGCGGCCGCCACAGACUCGCCGCCAUCAGCCCCACCGCCACAGCCUUGGGCUCCCGGGGCCGCUGCCUCAGCCUCCCAGGAGCCGCCGCCCGACUGCCCGCUGCCGCCCCGGACGUCCGGGUAAAGUACUCAACUGUGUAGGAUACUGCAUAUCUUAAAAGACUGCAAUAAAGUGGCAAUGUCUCAAGAACCCACCCCGCCUGUACCUGGAGAUAUGUCUAUUGGUCCUAUAGCAGAAAGCUGGUGUUAUACACAGGUAAAAGUAGUAAAAUUUUCCUACAUGUGGACCAUUAAUAACUUCAGUUUUUGUCGAGAGGAAAUGGGUGAAGUAUUAAAAAGUUCAACAUUUUCAUCUAGCCCAAAUGACAAAAUGAAAUGGUGCCUGAGGGUAAACCCAAAGGGAUUAGAUGAUGAAAGUAAGGACUACUUGUCCUUAUAUUUGCUUUUAGUCAGCUGCCCCAAAAGUGAAGUUCGAGCAAAAUUCAAAUUUUCCCUUCUGAAUGCUAAAAGGGAAGAAACAAAAGCAAUGGAAAGCCAAAGAGCAUAUCGAUUUGUGCAAGGGAAGGACUGGGGUUUUAAAAAAUUCAUUAGAAGGGAUUUUUUGCUUGAUGAAGCUAAUGGUCUUUUACCAGAUGACAAGCUUACAUUAUUUUGUGAGGUGAGUGUGGUCCAAGAUUCAGUUAAUAUAUCAGGACAUACUAAUACAAAUACUUUGAAGGUGCCUGAAUGUCGACUAGCAGAAGAUUUAGGUAAUCUCUGGGAAAAUACGAGAUUCACAGAUUGCAGUUUUUUUGUGAGAGGACAUGAAUUUCAAGCUCAUAAAUCUGUGCUUGCAGCACGAUCCCCAGUUUUUAAUGCAAUGUUUGAACAUGAAAUGGAAGAAAGCAAAAAGAAUCGAGUGGAAAUAAAUGACUUAGACCCUGAGGUUUUUAAAGAAAUGAUGAGAUUCAUUUACACAGGGAAAGCACCAAACCUUGACAAAAUGGCUGACAACUUGUUGGCAGCAGCAGACAAAUAUGCACUGGAACGGCUGAAGGUCAUGUGUGAAGAAGCUUUGUGUAGUAACCUCUCAGUAGAAAAUGUUGCUGAUACCCUUGUCCUUGCAGAUUUGCACAGUGCAGAACAGUUGAAAGCACAAGCCAUAGAUUUUAUUAAUAGGUGCAGUGUACUUCGACAACUUGGGUGUAAAGAUGGGAAAAACUGGAACAGCAACCAAGCAGCCGACAUAAUGGAAACAUCAGGAUGGAAGUCCAUGAUUCAGUCUCACCCUCACUUAGUAGCAGAAGCCUUCCGAGCACUAGCAUCUGCACAGUGUCCACAGUUCGGCAUUCCACGCAAACGACUAAAACAGUCUUGAAUCUUCCAUGAGUAGUAGAAAAGUGGAAUUAACUUGUACUCCUCCAGGUCCAGAAGGAUUCUAAUACACAAACCAUAAACAAGAGUUGUUUCUGUUAUUUUAUCCACAGAACAGAAACUGAAAAAGCAUAUUGCUUACAUUUCAGGUGGAUAAUUUACAAUUUAUUCUUCAGCUUUAAAUUAGACUGAUUAAUUCACUUCAAGGCCUUAAAUUAUCUUUGAUGACUUCUCUUGUUCAUAUAAUACUUUAAUUUUUUUAUUGUGCCUUGUCAUUUUGACCAAGGCUAUGCAGGAUUGCACUAGCUCCAUAAUGUAGUAAUACUGAUGACUGAAGAUAAUACGUUUCAAAAGGAUCUUCCAUUAUUUUGAAAAAGAAAAAUGAGUUUUACGGGGUUUGUCCUAUGCUAUCUCAAAGUUUAAAACUAGGAUCUCCUUAAAAGCACUUGUUGGAGAUGACCAGUAAUGUCUCCAGUCUAAGUAUCUAUAAACAUAGGAGAACCUGCUUACCUACAAGGUAAGUUAUGGCAAUACACUGCUUCAAUUCUAAUUUAUUUUCAUUUCAGUGGGCAAAUAUGCAAUGAAUUGGCCCAGAUUUUUAGUAAAAUUUGUGAUGUUUGUAUGUAUGUUAACUGUCUAACAAAGUGUGGGUUUACUCAAGUUUACAAUGAUUGAGAACUGAUUGAGAUUUUGAUUUCAUGACAAAAGCAUGAAUUGUAUGGAAGUAAUUUUUUUUAAUUUAUAUUGACCUACAUUUAUAUGAAGAAUUCUGUUAAAAGUAGGAUGACCAAAUGUAAAUUUAAUGAGUGGGCCAAUUAAGAAAGAUAUAUAUGCACUUUUAAUGUGUAACUUUUGUAUGUUGAAUGGUACAUAUAUUUUUUUGCUUUUGAGGGAAUUAAUAAGGUAUAAUUAAUUGUGUCUUAACUUUUAAGAAUUUUUUAAGACAGAUGGAGGCAACUGAGAUGAUUGUGAUAAUUGAUAAGAAAGAUAUCCUGGAUUAUAGGGGAUUACAGAUAUUCAUUAUUGAAUAUAUACCUGUUUUAUCACACUUUGGAAAAGGCACCUGAACAGUAAAUGAAUCCUGGAUAGUUUACUCUCCUUCAAAAAAUGAACUGAUACCAUUUGCCUGUGGGAGAUGCAUACUAAAGGAGAGAACUCCUAGACUAUGUCAGGCCACACUAUGAAACCGCCCCCUCUUGUUUUCUCCUUUGUGUUUUAGUUACUGUAGUAACAUUGUGGAUGAUAUUGAAAUUCUGCAUAAUGUGAACAGGAUAAACUAUUUAUAAACUGCUUUUCAUGGGCCAGUUCUUUAUUAUAAAUGAAUUUUAGCUUUAAACACGUACACAUAUUCAGUGUUUGAUUGUUGUUUCUCAUGGAAGUGUGUUCUGGUGCAUUGUCCCCGAGAAGCAGGAGUGAUCAUUGUUAGGGCACUACAUCAGACUUAGUGUGAUAGGGACAACAUGCUUCUUAGGCAACAUUUAUAUUUGACCACAAGGGAAGAAGUGGGUCGCUGGAGAAAAAUUCAUAUACUUGUAAGCUUGAAUGCAUAACUUUAUUCUCCAGACUAAAACUUAUAUAGUUUGUUAAUUUAAUUUUGGAAUUCAGGACAAAGGAAAAAAAAUGAAGCUUGAGGUUUUCAAACAGAUUUUAUUUUUGCUACUUUUUCUAGGUGUUAACUGAAGCAAUCCUAAUAUAUCAAGAGUGAUUCAUAUUUGCAUUGAACAAACACUGUCAGAUAAACAUCCCCAGCAAACUGGAAAUUGAAAAAUGAUAUUUUCAGAUAUCUUAAUUUGUUUCUGUGUAGUUUUGAGUCACUGUUAUGGUAACUUAAAUUUGAAAAAGGAGGAAUCCCUUAGGGUAGAAGAAAGAUUCUUACCAGAUCAUGAACUUCAUCUUAUGUAAGAGUGUUAUGGAAAGGAGAAAUUUGACUUCUUUAACUCCACCAUGAGAUUGAGCCUGUUGAGUUUACAAUGUACAAUUUAAAAAAAUACACAUACAUGUAUAUACACUUUUAAGAUUUUGCCAGGGUCUUACAUGGAAACAAAAAUUCCCUCAGGCUAUAUAAUUAUGUAUGUCAAAUGUCAAAAAGGUAUUAUUGUAUCCAUGUAUAUCAAAUGCACACCAUACCGGCACAUUGUGAAUUAAUUCACUGCUUGAAUCUACAUUUCUAACACAGUGACUGCAGUAAUACCAUAUAAUAAGCAUUUCAGCUUGGUCUUAUUUACUGUAGUGUUUAUUGCAGUUCUUAAAGAUUUUAUUAGAAAAAAAAAUUUUUUUUUUUAGUUCGGUAGCACAUUUUGUACCAAAAAUGUCCAACACUGUGCUAUAAGAAUAUCCAUGUUUGUAGAAAUGUCCCCUUCUCAGAUAAUAUAAUGCCUACCAUUAUACUAACAAAAUCAUAUGGUAGUUGAUUUAUUUUUUUAUUUAUUAUGUAUAUUUUUGGUUGUGGGUUCUUGAAGCAAUGAUAAAAAACUGUUAAAAUGUUUUGACAUUAAUGCUGUAAUAGCCCCUCUUCCUGCCAUUUUUAAACUACAUACAUUGUUUUCAAAAUGGACACAGAUUCUGUUCAGACUUUUGAACUAUCACCUUGUUCCUAUUUCCCCUUUGUCACCUAAACAGUUCUUUUCCAUAGAAAGUAGAUAGAGAGUAGUGAAUGGUUUUAAACAUUAAAUAUUCUAAAAAUAAUCAUUGGAUAACUUUUCUUUAGAUUAAGAUUUAGAAACACUGUAUUUGUGCCUUUUUCAUUUUUAAAUUUUAAUAUUGAGCACAAAUAUGAAAGUGCCAUAAUAUGGCUUGCCAAUGUUACCUCCUUGAAUAGUCACGUGUCAUUGUCUGGAACUGGUAAUUGAAGAACCUUGCAUGAAUUACGUGGUCAUUGUGUGUGUGUGUGUGUGUGUGUGUGUGUAUUUGUAUACCAGUAUUCACUUGGGCUUUGCGUUAUGUUCAAAAGAGUGAAUUUCUGCAAAUAGGAACCAGUUAAAUGUUGAAAAUUUAGGUUAGUUGAAAUAUUUCAUUUUAAUGUGCUUUAUUAUGCAGGAUAAUUGACAGAUGAAAUAAUUCUCAAAACUGAUUACUGCACAAUGAAAUGUGAAAACAGUGCCUUUUUUGGACAUCAGUUAUAAUAAAAUUAAAUUUAAAAUAUUAACAAAAAUCUUGUAAAAAGUUGUCAUAAACACUAUUGGUUGUUUUUAAAAGUAGUAGAUCUAACUAAAAGCUUAAAUAGCCAAAAGUAUAAUUGUUACAUUUACCCAUUUAAAUUUUAGGUAUAAAUUUAAAAUCUACACAGACAUUCUUUAUAAAAUUGUGGAUCAUAAAUAUUACCCAGUGUUACUAAAAUGGAAUGGGUACUUUGGUAAGUUAAGGUUUAUGAAAAUUCAACUCAACAAGCUUCAAUCAUAGCCAACUAUACUUGAAGAGGUGAAUUAUUCUGACUUGGACAAGCAUGUUCUUUGAUGGAAAAAAUAUUCAAUGUAUUCUUGCAAAAGAAGGUGGGUGGGUGAGUGGAUUUGUUUUGGUGUGCUCAGAUUAUAAAUAUAGCACUUUCAGCACACAUGAGAGUAUUUUACAAACCUUUUUAAUAGAGAUUACAAGCUCUACUUUAUUUAAGUGUUCAUGGAAUGAUGUAUAUUUUAGGUCCAGUUGAAAAAUAUCGAGUGCCUACCAUAUGCAAGACUUCCUCUUCACUAGGAAUGAAAUCACAGUGUCUUCUGUUUGCAGUAUGUGAACUUUGUGUUUGAAAAGGCAUUCUUAUAUUUAAAUCUUUUUAUGUUGUUAAUCAUUGUAUAUUGUAACCUAAGAAAUUUUGAAUUAAGUUUUUAAAGAAUGAAAAAUAAAGUCCCAUUUUUGAAAAUCUGCAAAAAUUAUUUAAAAAUUAAAUCUGGGGGAAAUUGAUUUUCAAGAUUCAAAUGUAUAAAAACUUAUACUGAACUUUACAGCCUCAUUUCUAAGCAGCUGAUGUUAAUGAUGAGAUACAUACUACUUGGAUCUUGUUGCUGAAAAUAUUUUUUGCAUUUCACACAUUGAGUUAAAAUAAAGUUGUUACUACUUAUUCAGAAUU